CGGUCCAGGCGGGAGCGGCGGCGCGCUCGGCGGGGGAAGCAGGCCCCGCUAGACGGGCCGCUCCGACGGGGGCGGCCGCCAGCCGCGGACUCCGCAAACUCGCGGGCCGGGUGCCCCCCCCCACCGCGCCCGCUGCCGAGGGCAGGGCCGGCCCGGAUCGCUGGGGGCGGCCGCUCGGGGGCGCGGGCCGGAGUCGCCCGCCGGGCUCGCGGCGCCAGGACCGGGACGGCCGGCCGCAGCUCGGGGUCCGGCCGCGCGUCGCCUUUGACGCAUCGGAGCGCGGUUUUCUGCAGGAUGAAGGGCUUCUCGCCGCCCGCAGAGUUGUUUUUGAGCAAGUGGCUCACCGUGCUGAGAGCGCUCAAGGUCUGAACUUCCCUCCAGAGCCGCAGUUGGAGAAGGCGAGCGUCCGAGGAGCAGCAGCCGAGCGGAGGCCACCCUCGGGGCGAGCGGCGCGCCUCCCAGCCGAAGGCGGCCACGCUCCCGGGACCCCCGGUGUUCUAGGUACUGGCGAGGCGACCCCGGCCGGGAAAGGCGCGGGCGCUCGGCAACAUGGCUUCCCCGCCCCACCAGCAGCUGCUGCACCACCACAGCACCGAGGUGAGCUGUGACUCCAGCGGAGACAGCAACAGCGUGCGGGUCAAGAUCAACCCCAAGCAGCUGUCCUCCAGCCAUCCCAAGCACUGCAAGUACAGCAUCUCCUCCAGCUGUAGCAGCUCCGGGGACUCCGGGGGCGUCCCCCGGAGAGUGGGUGGCGGAGGCCGCCUGCGCAGGCAGAAGAAGCUGCCCCAGCUGUUCGAGAGGGCCUCCAGCCGGUGGUGGGACCCCAAGUUCGACUCGGUGAACCUGGAGGAGGCCUGCCUGGAGCGCUGCUUCCCGCAGACCCAGCGCCGGUUCCGGUAUGCGCUCUUCUACAUCGGCUUCGCCUGCCUUCUCUGGAGCAUCUAUUUUGCUGUGCACAUGAGAUCCAAACUGAUUGUCAUGGUAGCUCCUGCACUGUGCUUCCUUGUGGUAUGUGUGGGCUUUUUUCUGUUUACCUUCACCAAGCUGUACGCCCGGCAUUAUGCGUGGACCUCGCUGGCUCUCACCCUGCUGGUGUUCUCCCUGACCCUGGCUGCGCAGUUUCAGGUUUUGACGCCUCUCUCAGGACAUGUUGACAGCUCCAAUCGUACUCCCGCAGCCAAGUCCACAGACACUUGCUUAUCUCAAGUGGGGAGCUUUUCCAUGUGCAUCGAAGUGCUCUUUUUGCUUUACACCGUCAUGCACUUACCUUUGUACUUGAGCUUGUUUUUGGGGAUGGCCUAUUCUGUUCUUUUUGAGACCUUUGGCUAUCAUUUCCGAGACGAAGACUGCUUCCCUUUGCCGGCAGCCGGGGCCCUGCACUGGGAGCUGCUGAGCAGGGCCCUGCUCCACGGUUGCAUCCAUGCCAUUGGGAUCCACCUAUUCAUCAUGUCUCAGGUGAGGUCCAGGAGCACCUUCCUCAAGGUGGGACAGUCGAUUAUGCACGGGAAAGAUCUGGAAGUGGAAAAAGCCCUCAAAGAGAGGAUGAUUCAUUCUGUGAUGCCAAGAAUCAUAGCUGAUGACUUGAUGAGACAGGGGGAUGAGGAGAGCGAGAAUUCUGCCAAGAGGCAUGCCACCUCGAGCCCCAAGAACAGGAAGAAAAAGUCUUCCAUACAGAAAGCUCCUAUAGCAUUCCGCCCAUUUAAGAUGCAGCAGAUUGAAGAAGUCAGUAUUUUAUUUGCAGAUAUUGUGGGCUUCACCAAGAUGAGCGCCAACAAGUCUGCUCACGCCCUGGUGGGUCUCCUGAAUGAUCUCUUUGGUCGCUUCGACCGGUUGUGUGAGGAGACCAAGUGUGAGAAAAUCAGCACUCUGGGAGACUGUUACUAUUGUGUGGCAGGGUGUCCUGAGCCCCGGGAAGACCAUGCCUACUGCUGCAUUGAAAUGGGCUUAGGCAUGAUAAAGGCCAUUGAGCAGUUCUGCCAGGAGAAGAAAGAAAUGGUGAACAUGCGUGUUGGGGUUCACACGGGGACCGUCUUGUGUGGCAUCUUGGGCAUGAGGAGGUUUAAAUUCGAUGUAUGGUCCAACGAUGUGAACUUGGCCAACCUCAUGGAGCAGCUGGGAGUGGCCGGCAAGGUUCACAUUUCCGAGGCCACUGCAAAAUACUUAGAUGACCGGUAUGAAAUGGAAGAUGGGAAAGUUAUCGAACGCCUUGGCCAGAGCGUGGUUGCUGACCAGUUGAAAGGUUUGAAGACAUACCUGAUAUCGGGUCAGAGAGCCAAGGAGUCUCGCUGCAGCUGUGCAGAGGCCUUGCUUUCUGGCUUUGAGGUCAUUGACGGCUCACAGGUGUCCUCAGGCCCUAGGGGACAGGGGACAGCAUCGUCAGGGAGUGUCAGUGACCUGGCGCAGACUGUCAGAACCUUUGAUAACCUUAAGACCUGCCUUUCAUGUGGAAUCACGUUUGCUCCCAAAUUUGAAGCUGGUGCAGAAGGAGGAGCCGUCCAAAAUGGCUGUCAAGAUGAGCAUAAAAACAGCACCAAGGCUUCUGGAGGACCUAGUUCUAAAACUCAAAAUGGACUUCUGAGCCCUCCCCAAGAGGAGAAGCUCACCAACAGUCAGACCUCUCUGUGUGAGAUCUUACAGGAAAAGGGCAGGUGGGCAGGGGUGAGCUUGGACCAGUCGGCUCUCCUUCCGCUGAGAUUCAAGAACAUCCGGGAGAAAACUGACGCCCAUUUUGUGGAUGUCAUCAAAGAAGACAGCCUGAUGAAAGAUUAUUUUUUUAAGCCGCCCAUUAAUCAGUUCAGCCUGAACUUCCUGGAUCAGGAGCUGGAGCGAUCCUACAGGACUAGCUAUCAAGAGGAGGUUAUAAAGAAUUCCCCUGUGAAGACAUUUGCCAGUGCCACCUUCAGCUCCCUUCUGGAUGUGUUCUUGUCAACAACUGUGUUUCUCAUUCUCUCCAUCACCUGCUUCCUGAAGUACGGGGCUGCUACCACGCCUCCCCCACCUGCCGCCCUGGCGGUCUUCGGGGCAGCCCUGCUGCUGGAGGUGCUGUGCCUCGUGGUGUCCAUCAGGAUGGUGUUUUUCCUGGAGGACGUCAUGGCUUGCACAAAGCGCCUGCUGGAGUGGAUUGCUGGCUGGCUUCCACGCCACUGCAUUGGGGCCAUCCUGGUUUCGCUGCCAGCACUCGCCGUCUACUCGCAUGUCACCUCCGAGUUUGAAACAAACAUACACUUCCCCAUGUUCACUGGCUCGGCCACACUGAUCGCCGUGGUGCACUACUGUAACUUCUGCCAGCUCAGCUCCUGGAUGAGGUCCUCCCUUGCCACUGUCGUCGGGGCUGGGCCGCUGCUUCUGCUCUACGUCUCCCUGUGCCCAGACAGUUCCAUAGUAACGUCACCCCUUGAUGCAGUACAGAAUUUCAGCUCCGAGAGGAAUCCGUGCAAUAGCUCGUUGCCAGGAGACCUCGGGAGGGCAGCCAGCCUGAUCAGCCAGGAGGUGAUUCUUGUCUUCUUCCUCCUGCUCUUGUUGGUCUGGUUCCUGAACCGAGAAUUCGAAGUCAGCUACCGCCUCCACUACCACGGGGAUGUGGAAGCGGAUCUUCACCGCACCAAGAUCCAGAGCAUGAGGGACCAGGCCGACUGGCUGCUGCGGAACAUAAUCCCCUACCAUGUGGCCGAGCAGCUGAAGGUGUCCCAGACCUAUUCCAAGAACCACGACAGCGGAGGCGUGAUCUUCGCCAGCAUCGUCAACUUUGGCGAGUUCUACGAGGAAAACUACGAAGGAGGCAAGGAGUGCUACCGGGUGCUCAAUGAGCUCAUUGGGGACUUUGACGAGCUCCUGAGCAAGCCAGACUACAGCAGCAUCGAGAAGAUCAAGACCAUUGGGGCCACAUACAUGGCAGCGUCAGGGCUGAACACUGCCCAGGCCCAGGAUGGCAGCCACCCACAGGAGCACCUGCAGAUCCUGUUCGAGUUCGCCAAGGAGAUGAUGCGCGUGGUGGACGACUUCAACAACAACAUGCUGUGGUUCAACUUUAAGCUCAGAGUUGGCUUUAACCACGGGCCCCUCACAGCUGGGGUCAUUGGCACCACCAAGCUGCUGUACGACAUCUGGGGGGACACUGUCAACAUCGCCAGCAGGAUGGACACCACUGGCGUCGAGUGUCGCAUCCAGGUGAGUGAGGAGAGUUACCGCGUCUUGAGCAAGAUGGGCUACGAUUUUGACUACAGGGGGACGGUGAAUGUCAAGGGGAAGGGCCAGAUGAAGACCUAUCUUUACCCAAAGUGCAUGGACAAUGGGGUCGUGCCGCAGCACCAGCUGUCCAUCUCCCCAGACAUCCGCGUCCAGGUGGACGGCAGCAUCGGACGAUCUCCCACGGACGAGAUUGCCAACCUGGUGCCUUCUGUCCAGUAUCCGGACAAGACGUCUCUGGGCUCUGAUAACAGCACGCAGGCCAAGGACACUCACCUGUCCUCCAAGAGACCCUGGAAGGAGCCCAUCAAAGCCGAAGAAAAGUUUCGGUUUGGCCAAGCCAUAGAGAAAAACGACUGUGAAGAAAUGGGAAUGGAAGAAGCCAAUGAACUCACCAAGCUCAAUGUUUCAAAGAGUGUGUGAGGCAGCACCUGCAAGCUGCCCGAGGUGCUCUGUUCGUCGAAACACAAUAUUUGUAUUUGGCUGUUGUGCUUUCUAAGCGCCACAGUUUCCAUCCCUGGACGUGGUGUUAUGUGGUCAUUUCAGCCCUAACUUCUGUGUGGAUCACAGUUAUUCAGGGUUCAUUUUCAUCCAUUUCCUUCCCUUUGCUCCCUUGCCUGCACUCUCCCCCUUGGGGUAUCCGUUCAGCACGUGGAGGAGAACAAGUGCCUUCAGGGCUUGGCCUUGGCCUGGAGUCUAGGGACAGAGGCCACAGUGGAAAUCAUUGCUUUGGGUAUUAUUUGACAUUUAAAACAAAAGCUGAAGUUAAGAUAUCAUUUUCAUUGUUUUUUCUCACGAGACACUUUUUUGGGGGGAGGGGAGUGGCUAAUGCAAUGUUUUUAUUUUUUUCUGUAUCCAUAAUAGUGUUUCCCAAUUACCUGACCUUUCUACGUAAGCACAUACACGCACAUACUUGCAUUUCUGAAUCUGAUAUAAAGUGCCAGUAAUUCACGGAGAGGGGAUGCGAGAGGGGAGUGUGGGCACCCAUGCCUUCCCGGGCACCUGGGCCUUUGCAGGCUGGGGGUGCACUGAGCUCCCUGCGCCGAAGGGCUUCAGGGGUUUCGCCACACACAUGCCAAGAUUACACAUGCUCACCGGGCACAAAGCCUGUGCACCCAGGCCUCAGAUAUCUCAAAGCCGUUCAUCCUGACCCUCCGCCGAGGGGUCUGCCAGUCGAGGGUGAGGGUGUUUGUCUUGGAAGCUGACACGUCUGAGGGGGAAACUCCAAAUAAGCGUCAGAGG